AUGGUUUAUCUUGUUCUCUUAGAACAAUUAACACGACGAAAACUCCUAAGUUUUCUUAUUUGUUUGAUAUUUUUUCAAAUAAUCUAUUUUCUCGUCGGCGGCCUUAUCGCAACGAAACCGACCUACGCCACUAAUCAUGAAUUUAGCUUAUGUCAAGCAAGACUCAAUCGGCCGUGGAUUUACCAUCAACCGGAGGGUAACUGCAUUCAAGAUUAUCUGGAAUUCGGAACGGGCAAGUCUUGGAAAGAUUUUGUUUAUGUUAUGCAAUUACCACGGAUAACACGUUGGUUUCAAACUUUAACGUCAAUCGUGAUACCAAAAGUUGACUAUGACUCACGAAUUAAUCUGAGCAAGUUUCAUGGCGUUUUGUUUGAUUGA